AUGACCAUCUACACGGCGAGCACCGGAAACCGCAAAGAACCCGCUUUCGAUAGGGGUAGCAAGCGCCUAGUUCCUCUAAAAAUCAUCUCAACCUUCUAUUUGGUCUGCGGAAGCUUGUUGAUACUCCUUCAUCCCUUCAACACAAAUGACUGCGAAACGAAGGGUCAUAGGAGCAUGAUUUUGAUGGCCAUGGUCAUCCCGGGGGUAUUCGGUGGCAUGGCGGUAAUGACCAAGAAGCCGAUCUACGUGUUGUUGUACGUUUGCACAAUCAACCCGCUGAUGCUCGCGUUCCGCUACUUGUCGGCGAAGCUAGCGUUCCUCAAGGACAAAGAGCCAUCUGAAUCCGAUGGCUGUUUCUAUGGCUGGCUAUGUAAUCGCAAUGGCGAAUUGAACGAUCUCGGCCUGUUCGUCUACAGCCUGCGCGUCCUGAUCCCAGGCCUCGAAGUCUGCUUCUACAACUGGGCCGGCAAGAUGGCGUACGACUAUCUAUGUGAACGCCAGUCCGACCUGAAACCGAUGAAAUCGGCCACGAAACAACAGCCAAAGUCCCAAAUUCUUCCGCUCUAUGUCGAGCCGGCCUGGGUGCCGCAGCCACAAUUUCUGGAGAAGAUGAGCGAAGUG